CGCUAAAUCUUGUGUUUAAUGUAGCUACUGGGUAUCAGUCUGUAGGCUUGUAGGCAAAGUAGUGGCAUUAUCAAAUAAAAAGAUUGGAUAAUUGCGUCUCGACGCGACGCGGUGCCGCAGAUAAAUAUAUCAGUCGAGUUGUGAGCGGCGGACGGUCGCCGUCUGCGUGCGUACACAUGUAUCGCUCGAACUGCGUCCUUUCUUGCGAUAUUUUUAAAUAGAACUAUGUACCUUCAUGUGUUUAAAUAACCGCGUAAUUAUUGAGAAGACAUUACAAAGCAGUGACAUAAUUAAAAUCAGUUUUAUGAAUAGUUUUCUUAUUUAAAUAAAGGUGUUAAAUUCAAAAACAUGCCUAAAGAGAAAAGUUUUAGAUCUCCCCAAAAACUGUGGGAAUCUGUGUCUUCUAAAUCUGUUCACAUAGUUGAAGGGCUUUUUUUCAAACUUGGUGUGACAGUGGCAAGACAUCCAUGGAAGACAGUAAUUUUAACAUUCAGCUUUGUGUUGCUGAGCUGUGUUGGACUACUCAGAUUUCACAUAGAAAAAAAUCCUAUGAAUUUAUGGGUACCUCCAGAAUCUGACUUUUACUAUGACACAAACUGGUAUAUUGACACAUUUGGUACCGGAUUCAGGCUUCAAAAAGUAAUUAUUACCGCAGAUAAUGUCCUUGAACCUGAAAUUUUAUCUGCAGUCAACAAUAUCACAAAGAAAAUUAAUUCAAUACAAGUAAAAUAUAAGGAUGAAGCAUAUUCUUUGAAAGAGUUGUGUUAUAAAGUUCCCAUUGUGAAUUUUUAUAAUGCUGGUCGAGAUAAAAGGUCCUUGGAUAUGUUACCUGAAACCAGUGCUCAUUCAAAUACAAGUGCUAGUGGUGAUAGUGAUUUCUCAGACCCAACUCUUUGGGUUAAUGAUGAAUUUUAUUGUGAUUUCUUAGAAAGUUUUCAAUUUACAUGUUAUCGGCUCAAUAUUUUGGAUUUAUGGAAAAAUAAUCAAGAAGAAAUAAAUCAAGCCACCAAACAUGAUAUUGUAGAAAAAAUAAACAAGAUCAAAGUGAACCCCACCAGUGGUCACCCCUAUGAUUACACAAAACUUUUUGGUGCUAUGAAAUAUGAUGAACAUGGUGAUAUUAUUUCUGCUGGGUCUAUAAUGUUGACCUGGUUCACUCAAGUAAAUAUGACUAGUAUUGAUGUCAAUGAGGUGGGUAAUUUAGUUGGUACUGAAGACUGGGUAUCUGUUCCACUAGCUAUGUGGGAAAGUGAAUUUUUAGAUUUAAUGGAGUCUAUUUCUCAUAAUUAUUCUGAUAUUAAGUUGUACUAUGAGGCUGGGAGAAGUUUUGCAGAUAUUAGUGGCAAAGCCAUGUUUGAUGAAUUAGAUAAACUAUUUUUAGGUAUCCUCUUAAUGUUUUUGUACAUCCAGUUUGCAUUAUCGCGAUAUAACUGGUUAGAAAUUAAGCUAACCUUGGGUAGUGUAGGCCUUUUAUGUGUAGGUUUAGCUUACAUAACUGCUGUAAGUUGGUGUUCUGUUCUUGGUAUAUCAUUUGGUCCAAUUCAUUCAUCUCUACCAUUUCUCCUCAUGGGUCUAGGAAUAGACGAUAUGUUUGUGAUGAAUGCUUGUUGGAACAAUUUACCUGAAUCAGCAGCUAAAAAAACGUUGCCCGUUAAAGUAGGCCUCAUGUUAAAACACGCCGGCGUGUCUAUCGUAAUCACAUCCUUUACAGAUAUAGUUGCUCUGCUUAUUGGUGCUAUUACGAUUCUUCCGUCGUUGAAGUCCUUUUGUGUUUACGCCGCUACGGGCGUAUUUUUCAUAUUUUGUUUUUCAGUAACAUUUUAUGUGGCAGUUUUCACGCUAGAUUUGAAAAGAAUUGAAGAUAAUAGAAACGGAAUUCUUUUCUGCUAUCAACAUAAAAAGCAAAUAAGAAUUUCAGAGAGUAAAACUAUAUUUCAAUCAUUUUUAGAACACUUUUACAAACGUGUCGUAUUUACAAUUCCCGGCAAAAUCAUCGUUAUUUUAUUCACUUUAGCUAUUACCGGUUUUAGCAUUCAAGCUAUUCUUCACUUGGAGCAAAGGUUUGACCCGAAGUGGUUUAUUCCUGACGACACUUAUUAUAAAGAUUUUCUUGAUGCUAACGAAAUUUACUAUCCUGAAGAGGGAAACAUGGCCAUGGUAUUUUUAGGUGAAAUGAACUAUAACAAAGAAUUCAUUAAAAUACACGAUAUGAUUCAAGAGUUAAAAAAAGAGACAUACAUUUAUGAUGUAAGUUCUUGGGUGGAACAUUUUCAUCAAUAUGUUUUACAAAACUAUAAUCGCGAUCUCGUAAAAAAUGCUUCAGCAUUAACAGACCAAGAAUUUAAUAGACAUUUGUCAAGAUUUCUGUACAGCCCUAUUGGCGGCAGAUUUCAAGUUAACUUUAAAUUCUCUGAACCGUUCGCAUGUGGCAUUCCAGCUACACAAAUAAAGGCUUCAACAAUGCUUUUCAAUUUUGCUAAAUUUAGAGGUCCUGAAGAAUAUAUACCAGCCAUGAACCACGUAAGAAACAUUGUAAAGACCACAAAUAUAACAAGUGGCGAUGGGUAUCGUAGCGUUUGGUCUAAAGUAUUUGCAAAUUGGGUCACUGAUGAAAUAAUAGCAGUUGAAGUCGAAAGGAACAUAGAGCUGGCUCUACUUUGUGUAAUGCUUUGUACUGUAAUAUUGAUAACGAAUCUGCAAAUGUGUUUAUGGAUAUUUGUUUGUGUUUUAUUAACAAUUCUCAAUGUAUUAGGUUGUAUGCAAAGAUGGGGUAUGACUGUAGAUAUUGUGUGUUGCAUAGGUCUCGAGCUCGCGACUGGUCUAUGUGUUGAUUAUGCCGCUCACGUUGGCCAUACAUUUUUAACAUUGACAGAAGGCUCUAGUUCAGAAAGAGCUUUCAAAACAGUCACUUCUAUUGGAUCUGCGGUAAUGUUGGGCGGCGGCUCCACUUUCUUGUCAUUAUCUCUUCUUAGUAUGUCUAAAGCGUAUACUUUCCAAUCUUUCUUUAAAAUUUUCCUUUUAGUUAUAUUAUUUGGAUUGUUUAAUGGUUUAAUAUUUUUACCUGUGGGUUUGUCGUUAAUAGGGCCAGACGCGUACAAACCCAAGAAGCAUAAGAUUGCAGCUGAAAUGGUAGAGUUGAAUGGAAAUAAUGGGACCGUUGAAAAACAGUUAGAGGAUGGAUGAACUGGAUAUAUUUAAGCAAUUAAUGUGUUUAAUACUAACACGUGAUACUCAAUACAGUUAUAUGUGAUAACUAAGUAAUAUAACGUAAAAUGCAAUUGCGGAUCAGUGUCACAAUCGUAAACUGGAAAAGAUAUGUUGAAGUAUUCAUUCUUUAACUAGUAAUUUUUUUGAAUGAAAUAUUAGAAUUGCGAACACGUGAAAAUACCCUCACGUGCUUAUUUGUAUCGUUACGUGACUGUGUGUAUUAUAAUACACACAGUCACGUCACGUCACGUCUGGUACAAUUUAGAAAAUAAGUAGUUUAAGUAGGCCGUUGAUUUCAUUUAAAUGUAGGCAUUAAGUUCCUAUUCUAUACGAUACUUUAAUUUUUAAACUGUCUUAAGCCUCUAACAACUAAGGAUUAU